AUGAGCCCACAGCUUCUGCAGAAGUUUGCCGAUGCGGCCAGGAAAGACGUGCUUACAACUCUGCAAGAAGAGCACGGUGUCUCUGAGCUUACAGUGCUGGCAUCCAUCGGGUCCUUUGGAAAGUUCAGCGGCAAGUGCUACGGCGACCUUAUGCGGAAGGUGGAUCCAAGAAUCAAUAUGGCUGAUUCUUACAAGGCCAAGCUCUCCUUCGCCAACCCUCCCGGUGAACAUACACAAGAGCUGUUACUGCCGCACGAACUGUUCAAUUCUAUGUACGAAAAUCAUGGAGAAGCUUUUGUUCGCAACGUUUGUGGCGACGAAGAAGCACGUAUGGAAUUCUGGGAUCGUAUGCGAACGGUUCCUCACCCUGCUUGGGAGGGACAUCCAGUCCAGGCUCGCGACUUGAGGGGGGCGAUCCCCCUCGCCGUGCAUGGCGAUGAAGUACCCAUUGCUGGGAUUGGGAAGCAAUGGAGCAAGAAGCUUCUGAAUGUGUCAUGGUCGAGCUUGUUGGGCGAGACCUCAACCAAGUCGAUACAAUACUGGGCCUUCGGACUGAUCGAGAAAACUGGUAUCAAGGAUGGACCCAGAGCUACCAUGCAGCAGCUCUGGAAGAUCUUUGCCUGGUCUUUGACUGCUCUUUGGCAUGGGUACUGGCCGACGAGAGACCACGAGGGCCGAAGGUUUCCAGAAGGCACCGUGCAGGCCGAGCGAGCCGGCUCAGCACUGGCAAAUGGAUUCUACGGUGUGGUCUGGUCCCUCAUUGGGGACCUCGACUACUUCACGCAAAUUUUGCAGUUGCCCAACUAUAACAAUGCUUCAAUGCCGUGCCCCCUAUGCAAGGCAAACUUAAGCGGCGACCUGACGUGGUCCAACUUUGGCUCUACAGCUCCGUGGCGAGCAAGCUUGUGGCGACCGCACACAUGGCAUGCAUGGGCAGAUCGAAGCCGGAAUCCGAUCUUUUCGAUACCUGGAGUGUCUGCUUUGCAAAUCGCUUGUGAUUACAUGCACUCAAAGUACCUGGGCACGGACCAGGUGCAAUUUGGCAGUGUGCUAUCUCUCCUUUGCUACGACGUCAUGCUGGAGGGCAGUCCAGAGCUCAACCUCGCGGCUUGUUGGCGAUUCAUUCGCGAAUUUUGCAGAGUCCAUCAGACUCCUGUCAGGUACAGGUCCAUGGGCCGUUUGACAAUUUUUACUCGUCGGACUGGUGGGCCCAAGCUCAGAGGCAAGGCUGGCGAACUUAGAUACUUUGGCGAGGUCCUUUUGGCACUAUGGACAACAUAUUGCAACGACGAGCUGCUCAUACACAAGCAGGUCACACUCCUCUUGAAGCAGAACGUCUUCAUGGAAAGGAUGCUCACGGAGCACAAGGGGGAGCUUUUUUUCGAUGAUGGCACAGCUGCUCUGUUUCAACAGGCAUGCAGCGAUAUGCUGCUGGUGCACAGCCAGCUGGCUUUGCACUUCGCUUCGGAGGGAUGCUCUACUUUGCUUUGA